AUGCACGAGACCCUCGAGGAGUACGGCGCCGGUGCCGGUGGUACCCGCAACAUCUCGGGUCACAACAGACACGCCGUCGAACUCGAGUCCACCCUCGCCCGCCUCCACUCCAAGGAGGCCGCUCUCGUCUUUAGCUCGUGCUACGUCGCUAACGACGCGACCCUCGCGACCCUCGGCAGCAAGCUGCCCGAUUGCGUCAUCCUCUCCGACAGCCUGAACCACGCCUCCAUGAUUCAGGGCAUUCGCCACUCGGGCACCAAGAAGAUUGUCUUCAAGCACAACGACGUGCAGGACCUCGAGGCCAAGUUGGCCGCGCUGCCCCUGCACGUGCCCAAGAUUAUUGCCUUUGAGUCCGUCUACAGCAUGUGCGGCUCCAUUGGUCCGAUCGAGGCUAUAUGCGACCUGGCCGACAAGUACGGCGCCAUCACCUUUCUCGAUGAAGUCCAUGCCGUGGGCAUGUACGGCCCGAACGGUGCCGGUGUCGCCGAGCACCUCGACUUUGAAGCCCACAAGCGCGGCCAGUGGCAGGGCACCAUCAUGGACCGCAUCGACAUCAUCACCGGUACCUUGGGCAAGGCCUACGGCUGCGUGGGCGGCUACAUUGCCGGCAGCAACAAGUUUCAGCUGCAUACCCGCGCCGUCAAGGAUGCUCUCGACGCCCGCGACAUCCCCGUGAUUCCCAACCCUUCGCACAUCAUCCCCAUUCUUGUCGGUGACGCCGAACUCGCCAAGCGUGCCUCCGAUAUGCUCCUCGAGGACUACAACAUUUACGUCCAGUCCAUCAACUACCCCACCGUCCCCGUCGGCCAGGAACGCCUUCGCGUAACCCCACCCCGGGCCACACCAAGGAGCUUCGCGACCACCUCGUACGCGCGAUUGACGAGCUCUGGACCCGUCUCGGUAUUAAGCGCACCUCGGACUGGGCGGCCGAGGGCGGCUUCAUCGGCGUCGGCGAAGAGGGCUCGGCGGUCGAGCCUCUGGACCGAACAACAACUCGGUAUCGAGGAAGUGAGCAGGGAGCUCAAAGAGGAGGGCAAGGGGCCCGGAGAGGUUGUCGACGCGAUCCUCCAGAAGGAGGCUAGCACCAAGGCUGCUUCCUCCACGUCUUCGGCUUAA